AGCCGAUCGAUUUCACACACGCGCAAUGAAAACUUGCCAUUCAUGUACAAAAAUCAUCUGUUGCAUUGCCACAGCUCAGUCAGCCACAAGACGGGAACGCGGACACGCGACCGCCAUUUUCUUUUUCAAAUUUUAAUUUUCGAUCGCACCCCUGUUAAUGAAAUGUCAAAUAUGAACGGUAAAGACGAACAACCCAUAGUACCCCCAUCGUCCCUAAUCAGACGAGUCUCCUCUCGUUCGAUACGAAACUCCAUCUCGGAGGAUAAGGAGAACGGGGAGAAUGUGAAAAGUUUCGUUUCGAAAUACAAGAAGACCCCAGAAGCACUAAAGAGUUUUCACAUGACGGAUGGAGAGAGUGAGCUUGAGGUGCCUGGGACUCCGAUGACACCUAGGACAUCCACAACUCCUGGACACGAGAAUUGCACGUUCCACCACGACCUGGAACUGGACCACAGGCCGCCCACCAGAGAGGCCCUGCUACCUGAUAUGGCCAGCUCUUACAGAUUGCUGCUCACAGGUUUAGGAGAAGACCCGGACAGACAGGGCCUGCUGAAGACCCCUGAAAGAGCUGCCAAAGCUAUGCUGUUCUUCACUAAGGGCUACGACCAGAGCCUUGAAGAGGUCCUAAAUGAAGCGAUUUUCGACGAGGACACAGACGAGAUGGUGGUGGUAAAGGACAUCGAGAUGUUCUCCAUGUGCGAGCACCAUCUGGUGCCGUUCUACGGCAAGGUCUCCAUCGGGUAUCUGCCGCAGGGCAAGAUCCUUGGACUCAGCAAGCUGGCCAGAAUAGUAGAGAUCUACUCCCGCCGCCUGCAGGUGCAAGAGAGACUGACCAAACAGAUCGCCAUUGCUGUCACCCAGGCCGUCCGACCGGCGGGCGUCGCCGUCGUCAUAGAGGGAGUUCACAUGUGCAUGGUGAUGCGUGGAGUCCAGAAGAUCAACAGCAAGACCGUGACAUCCACCAUGCUGGGAGUCUUUCGCGACGACCCCAAGACCAGGGAGGAGUUCCUCAACCUCGUGCACUCCAAGUGAGAACGAUGCCGUCGCCCCCGCUCGCUCGAGCCUUAAAGUCUCAAGGCUUAAGCCUUUAAGGCUCACCGAGCCUUUGAGGCUUGGGCUGGAAUUUAAGGCUCAAGAUAUCGCUAGGCUACAUUGAAACCAGACCCGCUAGGGCUCGGUCGAGCCAUUACGUCUCAAGCCUUUUAGGCUUAGGCUGCAAUUUAAGGCUCGAGCAAGCGCUAGGGUUAAUUAAAGCCUCUGUAAUAAUUAUUAUUAUUAACGCAACUUAAAUUAGCAAAAUAACGCUUGAUUUUAUAAAGAUUUGUUAAAAGUCUUAAACUAUUAUUUUUUCAUUAUUUUUAGUCUUCUUAAUGUCUAGUGCUUAACAAAUUUUUAUAAAACCAAGCUUGAGAAGUCCAAUAUAAUGCACGAAGUGACUCCGCUUGCCAAUUCUUCAAUAUAAUGUUUAAAAAUACAGAGUGGAUGUUAUUUUUAUUAAUUACUGAUGCGUUGUUAAUCCCAACUUAAACCUAAUAACAAUAAAAAUAUGUUAGUAAGGAAACACUCGUACAAAAACAUCAAUUUUUUAAUGGUCUUCACUUAAAGUUUUUUAAAUAGUGUUUUAGACAGUGUAAAUUUAUUAAACGUGAUGGUAAGCUGAGUAAUUUUGUGCGAUAUUUUGUUUCUUUUUAAUUGGCUGCUUUUUUUAUUAAAAAGCGUUGUUACUUUUGAAUUAAAUUAAUUUGAAUCCGGAUGCAAAAUUGUUAUUUUCUUUUAAAUACUUUAUUCUUGUUGUUUUGUAAUCCAUUUCAUAUUAUUUUAUUCCUUUGCUUUGUUUUUUACUUUUUCUUCAAUUAAUGUUAUUUUUCCAGUAUUUAAGUAAUAUUGUAAACGGGAUUUAAUAACUGCCUUAGUUUUAGGUAUAUUAGUUUGCUUUGCUUGUGAGAAUAUAUUCGUUAAGUAUAAAUAUAUUUUUGUAAUUGAAAUUUACUUAGGUAACCUAAUACAAAAGAGCAAAAGUUUACAUGACAAUAAAAUAGGAUUUUAUGAGAAAUAUGGUAAAAUAUAUUGCCCAAUUACCACGUUUCUCAUAAUUUAAUUGCAGUUUAGGCAUUUUUAUAUUAAUUUAGUUAUAUUUUUAUUGUUAUAAAAUUGGAAAUAAGUGGACCAAUCCAUUUGUAAUAUUAUUUUUUAUUUAAACAAAAAUCUCAAGUAAAUCAUGGCUGAUGCUUGACAUUUUUGAAAAAUAAAUAUUCUUUUGAUGUUUUAUUUAUAAAUUUUAUAUUUAUGCCAAUGACGUUGCCUUAAAAUUAAAUUAUGAAUAUAAUAAUUUUUGAUGUUUUAAAUUGUACAAAUGAAUGUUAUUUGAAAAGUAUUCUCAUUUAAACAAUAAAGGUUUUAUUUUAAGUUGAA